AUGGCAUCAGUAGAUGUUCAAGUGAAGAAGCAAGUCGAGUUCUACUUCUCUGACAGCAAUUUCCGUCGAGACCGUUUCCUGCGUGAAGAAACCAAGAAACAUGAAGGCGGUUUUGUGCCAUUUGAUGUGCUUUUUACCUUCAAGAAGUUGGCGGCGCUGACUGUGGAUGGGACUGUGCUGCAAUCGGCCAUCUCGGACUCGAACAUUGUCGAGCUUAAUGAGGCCAAGAAUGCACUGCGUCGAAGGAAUCCGCUGCCUGAAAAGGAUGACGCACCUGAACGUACGAUCGUGCUGGCUGGUUUAGGCAAGGAAUUGCCUACCAUUGACGAGAUCAAGGAAGGCCUCAAGUCACUUCAUGUGGAGCUGCUCUUUAUUGACCGCAAGAGCUUUCGCCGCAAUUUUUGCGGUGUUGUGCACAUUGAAGUUAAUGACAAGGACGCUGUCCAGCGCGCUGUGGACUCGGCGUCUUCGUUGAUGAUCAAUGGUCACAUGCCUAACAUCAUUUCCAUGGUGGAAUACCAGAAACUAUCUAAUGAAGACAAGGUCGAGUUUGACAAGGCUACUAAUGCCAUGUUGGUGGCCAAGGAGGUGCCGCACAAGCCUAUGAGCUUCUUUUUGGACGAGCUCUUGCCCGUCUGGAAAGACGACACGAAACUGCGUGCCCGAGUGCGCUACUUUCAUGAAUCUCAGGAGCUCUACUUGCUUUUCGCGCAGGUUUCAUUUGCUGAGAAGGUGCAAAAGCUUGUGACGGAGGAAGUGCCUAUUGUUGUGGAUGAGAAGAAGCUGACGUUCGAGCUCGUGACAGACAAGGAGGCUAUUAAAGCUCGCCCUCGCCGCUCGAACACGGAGAAGGACGCAAAGGACGCUAGCAGGAAGCGCAAACGCGACGACGAGAAGGCUAUUCAUAUCUCAAACAUUGGCCCCCGCACGCGCAUGGACGACAUUAAGCAGCUCAUUGCCACCGUCAUUGACCCGUCGGCGCAGUCGCCGUAUGUCGAGUACGAUGGUCUGGACACUGCAUCCUUCAAGGUCAGUGUUGCUGAAGCGACUUCGCUUUUUGAGAAACUAUCUGCGCUUGAUGGGCCGGAAUUGGGUGGCAAGAACGUUUCGUUCCACCUUCUGGAUGUGGGCGAGGAGCUUAAGGUUGAUGUUCAGUACGAAGAGGGCCUUAUUGUGCGUUUUGAUGGAGUUGACGGAGAGGUAUCACGCGAUGAUAUUAAGAACACUAUAAACGAGAAGCUUGGUGACAAGGCAGUUGACGGUGAUGGCGUUGCAUUUAUCCAGUACCAGAUUAACGAUAAGGAUGGCUACCUUCGCGUCACUAGUGCUGAACUUGCUAAGGAGGUUGUGAGCAUGUUUGCUGACGGUGGACUGGAAGUGAAUGGGGUGAAGAUUCCCAAUGCUGCUGUCAUCGAGGGUGAAGAAGAGAAGAAGUUCUGGGAAGAUGCACGCUCGGCCCGGUACAAGCGCUUCAAGCAAUCGCGAUCGAAUCGUAAUCAGUUCCAGCGUGGAGGACGCGGUGGCCGUGGAGGUCGUGGUGGUCGCGGCGGCCGUCGCCACUAG